AUGGAUGCCUUUUCGAAGUUGCUGGAGGUUCUACCUGUCACCACUCCAUCAGCAGCCAUGACCAUUGCAGCGCUACGACAGGUCUUCGCCACCCAGGGGUUGCCGGACGUCAUCGUGUCCGACAAUGGUUCUGCUUUCGCCAGCACAGAGUACCUGGCCUGGCUGAUGAAGAACGGAAUCCACCAGAUGAUGGUUCCGUCGUACCACCCUGCUUCAAACGGUGCAGCCGAGCGGGUAGUGCAAACCGUCAAGGACAAGCUCAAGAAGAGCCAGACUGGGGAUUUCCGGACACAGAUUGCCCGCACACUGUUUCAGUACCCGACCGCGCCCCACGAUGUCACUGGCCGUGCCCCCUGUGAGCUCCUGCUGGGUCAGAUGAUCAAGACACCCUUGGACGUCUUGCAUCCGGACCUCCGAUCCACAGUGCUCCUGAAGUAG